UUGACUUAUACAAAGUCCGCUAUUAUUAUUUUUUGCAAUAUCCUCACUGGGUGAUUGGCCUGAGUGUGAUUACGUACGUCGUGUGACGAAAAAGAAAGUAAUCCGUUUAUAAUAAAGUUAUAGAAAGUGCUUGAUUCUGAUUGGCUGUUUUGGCGUCCGACAUGAGUUCAGAGACUUGCCCAUUCUGCGGGAAAUCUUUCAAAAGGUUAAAGAGCCACCUGCCCUACUGCAAAGCACCAAAGCACCUCAAAACUUCAACAACCCAGGAUGAAGUUGUUGUCAGUGAGAAGACAUCGCCUCCGUUAGCUCAGUCUACCAAGCUGACUUCGGCAUUGUCAGAAAAAAUAAUAACAAAGAGCACGCAAUCUACACCAACAUCAUCAGCAAAAUCAAGUCCACAAACAAAGAAGAGUAAGAGGACAUCAUUAUUAUCAUCAACAACGCAGUCAGCUUCAAAACCAACACCUUUGAUGAGUGCGACUAUAUCAUCUUCGUUGCAAUCACCACCGCUGUCACCAUCAUCAUCAUCAUCCUCAGCAGCCACCUCACUGCCAACCUCACCAAAGAAGAAGAAGAAGAAACAGAAGCUGGUCGAUGAAAUCAAGAUGGCCACCAUGUUCUCCUCUCCCAAGUCCCUCUCUCCAUCUCCCCCUCCCAAUUUCCCCCCCUCCAAGCCAAAAAAGAAGAAUCUCCGCACCCUGACAGAGGCUGCAAUGUCCAGCCAAGUUCCAGAAGUUUCCAGGGAGGGAACCAAAUCUGCCCCAGUGGACCUGGAUUCACUCUCCAUCCCCUUUUCUCCUGUAACAGACCCCUUAAUUUCCAGAACCUCAGCUUUGACAGGGAAUCUGAGUAAUCCAUACAAAGAUUCAGGUAACACACAACUUCCCCUUCCGUCCGCAGACAUCCAACUCAAAAAAGGUGCCUCUAAUGAUGGAAGACCCAAUAAAAGAGUCAACUUCAGGGUGGAUGCUGAAGGAACAGGGACGGACCUGUCAGAGAGGGGGAAGUUGUUUGGACCAGACCAGGCCAGAGUUAUACUCCAGGAUGUUAAAGCCACCUUAGGCCGAUCUAACACCAGUCCUAAGUCCAGCCUACUGGACCAGCUCAAAACCACUACUUCUGUCCUGACUACUGACAUUCUACCCAGCAAAACUGAAACUAGUGGACCAGAAACUGUUGGUCUUAAUCCAUGUUCACAUCCAAUGCCGAAUCAAAACAACAUCAGCCCAUUGUUAACACCUGUUGCUCAAUCAAACCACUCCUCUAGCACCAGCUGUCAAUCACCCGUCAAGAAGGAGCGGCACACAGAAGCAAAUAAAUCAGAACAAGUAUUUUUCACCCCACACAAAGAUGAAGGCUCAGCUCAGCCAAAACCAACCUCUUUGCCCUCCCCUCAAAGUGUCUCUCGCUGUGAUCCCCCAACGUCUCUGGUUACUCUAGCUGCAUCACUUAGUAGUCCAGUCAGUAUGACAGAGGGUGUGAAUAUGGGCUGUCACAAGAUGGGGCUCAUUUCAGCAUCGCUGUCAAUCCCUCAGACUCUAGAGCCACCGAGUCCCUCGCCCUCCGCAUGUGUUACUCAUCCAAUGAGUGCCAGUAAGAGAUUGACGAUGGAGACGCCACAGCCCAAGUUUAACCAACAAAAUGUUACAGUAUAUGCAACUGGAGGUGCACUGACACAGCGGAGACUUGGGCAGGUGACACUUAGGGAGUUGCCUGAAUGGCUAGCCAUCAAAACCCCGAGCCACCCCAAAGAAAUAGUGGAGAUGCUUCAAAGAGGUUGGCAGUGGUAUUACAGGAGGUAUAUUGAUGUCAAGAAAGGUGGUGUGGGCGGAGUGGGCAUGCUGUUAGUAGGAUACUGUGCCCUCAGUUAUGUAUGGAGUUACCCUCAUAUAAAGCGCGACCGUUGGAGGAAGUACCACUGAACUCAGGGGAAGUGUUUUCUGGAAGCGUGACUCCAGCGUGAGCUAUGACGAAACUUAAAAGGAAAAGGUCGAGACUUUUACACGCCCAUGCAAUUGAUUCCUCAUCAAACCGCCUGAGAAAGCACAAGAGGUUUUUACUGAGGCUUUUUUUUGUUUUGUUUUUUUUUUUGAGAAACGGUUUCCUGUCAGCAUUUUGUUACGAAUGCAACUGCAAGUCAAAGGGAAAUGAAACAGUUCAACACUGUGUGCGAGCAGCUACACGGACUUCCACGAGCUGUAGUCACUAGUAAUAAGCACUCAUCAGUUUCGAAUGACCCCUGCACCACAUUAAGAGUAAAGCUUAUUUCCUACUGAACUACACUAGCGAUAGUUUUUCAAUAUCCGAAAUCUCGUUUUCAGCUCCUGAAAUAAAAGGAACCUGUGGCUUGUAAAAUCAAGUCCGAAUGCGUCACUGAGAAGGAUGAAUGUCUGGCAAGUCCCAUUCCAGCCAUUUUACUUGUGUACACCAUAUAUUCAUUUAUGUCAACCUGAAUUAUUUAUGAGUCUUCAUAACUUUUUUUUUUUGCUUGUAAAAGGGAAGCACGUGCAAGACAGUUUAUGAUUCAUUGUUUUCAGUGAUACUCAUCUAUGUUUCACAUGAGGGCGAAGUAA